GAGCCUGGAGAUCGUCCACUGUGAGCUCGGCCCGAAGCUCCCACUGCUGCUGAAGGCCCUGGAGAACAUCAAGCUUCGGCAGCUCCACCUGCAGCAGAACGAGCUGUUUGAGGAGGGCACCCGCCAGGUCAUCGAGGCCUUGGCUUUGCAGUCCAACGGGACGCUUGCGGCACUGAGUCUGGCCCACGACCGCAUCGGCGUCGCUAAUGUCAAGGCUUUGGCCGAGGCUCUGCGGACAAACAGCGCUUUGUUCGAGCUGAACCUGAACCAUGCCUGCCUAAGCAGCGAUGGCAUCGUGGCUCUCGCGGAGGCAAUCGUGCAGAAUCGGAGCCUCAAGCAGCUGAGCCUUCGGCGGCUCGAUCUGACGGGCUGCGGUUGGGGCGAUUGGGGCGAUUUGGGCAAGGCCUACAUGGCACUGGCCAGAGUCCUCCGGGCCGGCCAGGCGGGGUGA